CCGGCUCAGACCCAGGCCGGUGCAAAUCCAUCGUGUAAGAAAUGGUACGUUGUUGUGUCGGGUGACGGCUGCUGGGCAAUCGCAAAUACAGCAGGCAUUGCGCUUGAUGACUUCUACAAAUGGAACCCGGGCGUCGGAGAAUGUGCCAACUUGUGGCCUGGCUAUGCUGUCUGUAUAGGGGUGUGA